UCCCAUAAAUCGGUCGAUCAAACACUGUUACAGUUUUUUAAAUUUGCAAUUCAUUGAGUGUGUCAGAAUGUUGUGUUUCGAAAUGCGUUCGUUAUUGAUUCAUGCAAUCUUGUUGGUGUGUCAACAAUCAAUUUUUCGUACGGAGGCCAGUUUGUCCGAUUUACCGUUACUAUCUGGUGGUUACGAAAUCAAUGACUAUUUAUCAGCACAUCAGUAUCAAAACACCCCAUGGAUUGUAUCCAAUUUUCCAAAUGUCGAUUAUAUUGAACAACAUUUUUUACCAACACAAAAUAUUGACUAUGCACCGUUGGAUGCAUCAAAUCAUCUUGGGAAUGUCAAUCACAUAAAAAACCAUUUAGGAAACACAUUCAUACCAAGUAUUGCCGAUAAAACGCUCAAUACUCUUCUGAAUACCGAUACAAUUCUAACACACUCGAAUCCAAUCGUUCAAAUUGGCCAUCAUGAAGGUGAAAAGUGCAUUGACCAACAUCAUCAGCACCGUCACAUUCAUAAUGUCGAUGUGGUCUCAGCCCACAAACCAUUUGGCGGUUACAAAAAGCAAACGAUUACCUCUGUUCAACGUCCGAUCAAUUUGAAUGUAUCGCCACAUUCAUUAUUUGUACCAAUUUCGAAUGCUCACAUUUAUCCAUCGGUGCAUGUUCCGAUUGUGAAAUCGUCGUCGAUCAAAGAAAUUGCACCACAUUUACCGAAAAAAUUUCUCGGCUACACUGACAAAUAUGUAUUACCAUAUCAUCAUCUAUUAGACAAGGGAAUUGUUCAACAUAAAAAACCAUCAUUGUUCGUACAGAUUCCAACGCUUAAGAAUGUUGUUUUUCAUCACACUAAUUGAGCGACAACAUUGCCGUCUAAGACCAUAUUGCCCGGAUAUGAAACGAGCUGAUAAGAUCAUCAUAAACAUUAAUAGACAUCAUAAAUUGUUUAAUUCGCUUGUAUAAGGACAGGACCGAUUUUUUUUUUUCAUACCAAGAUACUUUGCUUUAUAUUUAUAGUACGUCAUCCCGAAUAAAUAUUGCCAUAUGCGUUACAAAAAGGAUAAGAUUGUUGUAGAAAAUUAUAAUUUCAUCAAGCACAAACGAAUGGUGGACAAUAUCUCAAUAUAGGGUCCGUAACAUAUGUUUGUUUUUGUUUUCGUUUCGGCUUCUCCAAUUUUUCAAUUUAUACUUCUAGUAAAACUUUCAAAUAAGUUUUCACUCCU